UUCCGGUCACACGGAGCGGACGUCCAUCCCCAGCACAGCGAGAGCCUCUCUCUUUCUCUCCUUUUAUUUUUAUUUUCGUUUGUUUAAACCAAGGAAGAGCUCGCCCUGGGGCCACCCCAGCUGUGAGCAUCACCUGCCUCCCAAAGAUUAUUCCCCUCGGGAAUGUCACCGGGCCUUCCUUUUGAAUGGACUCUGCAAUAAACCCCACACCCUGUUAGCCAGAUCUUUGGCUUUGCCAUUUAUGAUGAAAGUGGUACAUGAGAGACAAACCAAAAGAGAUGAGCCUAAUGGAUAUCACUAAAAUGUUCUCCAUGCUCCAGCCCAAAGAAGAUGAAGAAGACAAUGGAGAAAGCGAGGAGCUGAACCGAGCGGUAUGCGAGGACGAUUACCAAACCCUAGAUAACCUCUUGUGCCAAGACAGGUACAAGAGGUUCAUCAACCGCAGGAGCGGCUGGGGGGUACCCAGCACCCCGCUGCGCCUGGCCGCCACGUGGGGCCGUGUCAGGAGUGUGAAGGUCCUCUUGGCCCACGGGGCGGAGGUGGACAGCCUGGACGUGAAGGCUCAAACCCCGCUCUUCAUGGCGGUCAGCAACGGCCACCGGGAAUGCGUGAAGGUCCUCCUGGACGCGGGGGCCAGUCCCGCCGGCAGCAUCUACAACAACUGCUCGCCGCUGCUCAUCGCCGCGAGGGACGGGGACGUGGACAUCCUGCGGCAGCUCCUGGACUACGGCGCCGAAACCAACGUUCAAGCGAGGCUGCCCGAGUGGGCCGCCAACUCGGUGGCUUGUUCCGGUCCCCUCUACCUUGCCGCCGCGUACGGGCAUCUGGAGUGCUUUAAGACGCUGCUGCUUUACGGCGCCGAUCCCGACUAUAACUGCACGGAGGAGAGGGUGAUCGCCCAGAUCAAGGAGCCCAAGACUCUCCUGGAAACCUGCCUGAGGCACGGCUGCAGGAGCGACUUCAUCCAGCUCCUCAUUGACUUUGGAGCCAACGUGUACCUGCCCAACCUCGCGGCAGACGAGACGGCACCCCGCAGCAAGGGCCUGGAGCUGCUGCUGCAGGCGAGAGCUCACCCCAAGUCCUUGAUGUCCCAGUCUCGGCUGGCCAUGAGACGGCUCCUGAAGCAGGCUGGCCGCCCGCACGCCCUCGGCGAGCUGGAGAUCCCGACGGUCCUGGCCAACUACCUCCGCCAUCAGCCGUGAUGCGCAACCCGCCACGGGAGACGCCCGCCCCGUACGUGUGCCGAGCACGUGAAUUAAAAGCCGCUCCGACAUCUGCGCAGCGUGAAACCGCCGUGAAUUUCUGGUGGCGGAAUAAUUUUGGCUUACGAGGUGUCUCCCAAAAGCGGUUCCUCUGCGAAAAGAAAAGGGAAGGGGGGAGACAAAACAGGGGGCACCUCAGCUGGGGUAAGUGGCCAGAGCCCCCGGAGCCCCCAGAGCCCCCGGCUCUCGUCUCCCAGCUCUGCCUUUAAACAUCAUCUCACUCGUCUCCAAAGCAGCUCAUG